CGUCACGUGACCUGCGAGCGCCAUUUUGGUAUUCGCUUUGGCUAGUUCGCGUACGCAGGAGCCGUCGCCGCCGCAGCGCGCCGUCGUGCACUGCUGCCCGCAGGUUUCACGAAAAAGUUUACAGCUUAAAGUCGGCACGCAAAUGAUGCAUUAAUUCUUCUUCAAAGACAACAUCAACUUCAAGAAAAGGAUCCGCAAAUGGCCGAUCACUGCGGGGCUCAUCCUCAAUGCUCUCUCUUCACGGCGGAAUAAGAAGGGGAAGCUUCUGCGAACACACCAUCCAAGUGUUGUUUGAUAACACUUGCAGAAACCCCUUGUUUGGCAGGCUCCAUCAGCAAAAAUGGUGUCCACUAAGGGGGAAAACACUAAUGAGUCAAUGCCAAGCAGCACAGUACACCUUCCAGGAGAAAGCAAAUAUAAAAGCACUGAAAAUAUGGAAGGCGCAACAGUGAAUGUAAAGACAGAAGAAGAUGACAGCCUUGCAUCUCGACAAGAUGACAGCAAUGAUAAGGAUUCGACUAGUUCUGAGCCAGGUCGCAAUGGAGUUGCUGAAGACAGCUCCAUGCCUACAAAGGAGUCUCAGAACUCGUCUGACGUUAAGCCUAGCAAAGAAAUGUUGGAACAGCCAGAGGAAGAGGAUAGUGAAGAAGAGGAAGAGGACGAGGAAGAAAAAGUGCGGCCUCGCCUUCCCAAGUUCCUGCGUCGUUAUGUAAAAAUUGGCAAGUAUGUACCGAUGUCUAUGCCAAAGAGUGGAGACUUUCGCAUGGAAGAAGUGGAAGCUUUGCUAGAAGCUCCAUCGUUGGUGACUCCCUUACUUAUUAAGAAACCGGACCAGUUUUUUACUGAAAAUGGUGCAGCUCGUGAGAAAAAACCUGAAAAGAAGAAAGUGUCUCCUUUGGGAAAAGGAGGCAACUCUGUGACUGACUUUUUCCAGAGCACAGCUGGGGAGUUUCUUAUUGGUCUGGGGCUGAGUCGGGCACUUGAAGUGUUCAAUAGAGAUUUAAUACGGCUUAAGGAACGUGAAAUGAAGAAGGCAGGUGGCCGUACACAAGAGAUGAUAGAGGAGCACCGUAGGCUGUCUGAAGCACACCAGCAAGCGAAAAUUGCCAAUGCCCCGUACACUUUCAAGGUGAAGCCUUGCAGAGUGUGUGACUUCAAAACUGAAUCAAGUCUUGUCCUAGAAGGCCACCUACUGACGCCCCACUUUACGUCACGUAGGGAACUUCAGUGCAGUUUCUGCAACUUCGUGACACGGGAUGCCAAGGCCAUUGUGUUCCACAUGGAAGCUAUCCACAACAAACUGCCAACCAUGGAGCCCCCGCCACAGUUCUAUGAAUGCCCUUUUUGUCCUUUUGAGACCAAUCUUAAAACUAAGGCCAGUGGUCAUGUGAAUCGUUGCCAGAAAUAUUUCAACAAUGGCAUGAAUCAGCUGCCAUCUGGUGACUUUCAGCCUCCAGGAGUGACAGCCAAGCCAAUUACCAUAGAAGACAUUAAAACUUACGAAAAGUUCUUUCUGGCAUUAGGCAACAAUGCUGCAGCUCCAGCUAAAGGUGCCCAAAAUCGCACAUAUACUGCGCUGAGCCGGAAUGGAGCCCCUACACUUGCAGGGCCUCGAGGAACAGCACCACCGCUGUACCAGCAGCUGGCAUCAACUGCAUCGCUGAAUCAGAACCGUGGACGUGGACGUCCUAGGCUAGCUUUGAUUCAACCAGCUCCUGUAUCUAACCAAGUGUUCCAAGUUGUCGGCAGUGGCUCAGAAGUGAUUCCGCUGCUCAAUGGAAGCCCGCAGCUGACUGUGACCCUUGCCCGUGCACCGACACCUGCCAACAAUGGCAAUACAAGACCAGGUCCUCGCGCCGCGGCUCCUUUGCAAGCCCAACAACAGACCCCACCAGGCCAGCGACCACGAACACCUGUGAUCCUUGAAUCCAGUGGUUCAGGUGCAGCCUUUGUCAUUUGUGAAAUCUGUGAUGGUUACAUCAAAGACCUGGAGCAGCUGCGUACACACAUGCAAUGGAUACACAAGGUGAAGAUCCACCCCAAGAUGCUCGCUUCCCGCCCCCCACUCAACUGUCAGAAGUGCCAGUGGCGUUUCUUCACGGAUCAAGGGCUGGAGCGCCACCUACUUGGUGCCCAUGGCCUGGUCACAUCCAACAUGCAGGAUCUGGCCAACUCUGGCCAAGAUGGUGGUCGUUGCACUGUUUGUGGCCGCAUCUAUGCUUCCAAGCUGGUUGCCCACAUGAGCCAGGUGCACCGUGUGGUGUUGAAGCCAGCCCACCUCUCCUACAAGUGCACAGUGUGCACAGCGACAUUCAACCUUUACAAGCUUUUCGAAACACAUGUUUACACAGUGCACAGUGGAGCCAUGAAGCGUUCUGCUGCUGCAUCAGAUGACCGACCUGCAAAGCGACCAGCUGUGGCCUCACCCUCUGUUCCAACAGCCCCGGCAAAAGUAGCUGCUGUUUCUGCAAAGGCAGAGCCCAAGCCUGAGCCCAAGGAAAUUGCCACUGUGACAGCAAAACCUGCACCGAAGCCCGCCAUCUCUGGGAGUAUCAAGGUAGAAGAGGCAGCCCCCAUUAAGGUGGCCACUCCUGUUGCUCCAGUUGAGCCAGCUGAGCCUCCAAUCGGCACUCGAUGCGUGACUUGUAAGGAGAAUGUGGAGGACUUAGCAGAACACCUGAAAGAAAAGCACAUGCGGCGUUGCCAUGUUCGUGUUUGCCACAUUGAAAAGUGUGAUCGGUGCUUGUGCUCCUUUGACGGCAUGAUUGUGCUGCACACAUCAGACUCUGGUGACGAGGACAGUUCAGAGGAGGAUGACGACGAGGAUGAGGAGGAUGCUGCUCGGCCGGAGCCCAUGGAUGUGGAUGGGCCCCGCUGCCCUAAGGAUGCUGGUGGACUAGACAUGAAAAAGCCAGAUGUAGAUGGCCAGCAGGCUGAUGGGGAGUGACCUUGCCCCAAGUGCUUAGAAGUAUGUCUUGAAAUUUGCCACGUGUGUGCUUUGGCCAGCAAGAGGUCUCCUGAGUGCAGUGGUAGCACCAAGUGACUGUGGGGAAGCACAGGAGAAAUGAACACGCAUGUGGUGUUCAUCAGCACCUUUGCUCCUGCACUUUUUCCUGCUACAGUAGCUGCCAUGUAUGGCUGCUAAACUGGCCUCUCCCUUACUUCCCCUGCUCUUAAUUUCUUCUUUAAAAGGAAGGACACUCACUAUAGGAGUAACUGGGUGAUUGCUUUAUCCUCAGUCCUUUCCUCAGAAUUGCACAAGGACUGGCUGCAGAAGACCAGCUUCUCUGGAGUGGUUAUCUUCUCACGUGAAAAAAAAAAAAAAAAACUGGUGUGCGGCACCUUUAUUUUUCAGAUGUUAUUUAUAUUUAUAAGUUUUUUUUUUGCCUGCCUCUUACAGCUUUAUAUUAGUUGGAUCUCCUUCGUGGGUAUGCUAUAUUUACCAUUGUUAGCUAUGCCUAAUGUACUUUUUAUUUUAAUAUACCUUAUUUUAAAGAAAAUGUCAUGUUUACAAUUUAGUGUGCUCUUUCUUCACUGUAUGCAUGCACCUCCCACCUCCUUAUUUUUUUUCUUUUUUUUUUAUAGUAAUACUCAUGAGAUGUUAGGCAUGCCUUUCUGCCGUCUGUACCCCAUACACUCAGCUUUACUGAGUGACAAAACAACCACAUCCCCCCCCCCUUUUUUUCUGUACAUAGCAGUGAAUUUAAACAAAGUGAUGUGGCGUGAGUUCCUAUUGGGACCGCUGUUAACCUUGUUACAUACACGGCUAUUAAAUCUGUAAAGUGCAUUUGUGGUUGGUUAUCUUUUAAACAUGGAAUUCUCACCCUUUAGCUUUACUAUUUCACAUUAAUAUAACUUGGUUGAAACAGUCAAGUACUUCAAAAUAAAAAUCUGCUGAAGGGAGCAGUUGUGCAUUUUAAGCAGCAAAUAUGCCAUGUAGCACAAUUGUUUGCACAUUGUAAACAAGAUUGAAUUAAGCUUUUGGGAAAUAGCCUUGAAUGAUUGUGCAAGCAUUGUUAGCUUGAUUAUUUCUGUUCUAGCAUAUGAACAGAGCAAUUUAUGCAUGUGUGUGGUCAUUGUGUUUGAGCAGAUUUUUGCAUGAGAGGGUGUGAACAUGCAAGCAGGUCCUCCGAUUGCUGCAUCUCCAUGUAAAUGAAGAUUGUGUAAAUGGUAUGUGUGAAUGUGGGGGUUUAUGGCUGCAAGUGCCCUUGCAUUCCAUUAAUUAAUAGACCUCGCCCUCUUUCUCUGACAUGAGGCAGCAGUAGUCUUUUGCAUUUUAUUUCUUUGGCUUCACCAUGAUGCAUGAUUCAAGUUUUUUUUUUUCUCUCACUCUUGCCCAUUCAUAAAAGUCAAAACUUGCAUUUAAUGUUGCUUUCAAAACUCUGGUGCCCUGAUCUGUACAAUACGUGAAUAAGAUUUCAGACUGAAAAUUUUUGCACUUUUCACAUUAGCUUGGCCAUUGUGCCUCUGCCUUAUGUCACAUACAAUUUAAUAAUCUAUGUUGUAUAUGAACUUGAUGUACAAAUGGUUUUGGAAGUUAUAUUGGCCAACAUUAUGUUUAUGCUGUGCAGUCAACUACACCAUGCACAGGUUUCUUGUCCAAGUGUGUAAAUACACUAUCAUUUUGAAGCAGUGUUUUGUAGCAGUACAAUUUACUAUUUCUUUAGAAAUUGUAUUUUCAGUAGCAAACUUCCUUUUUCUGAACUGCUCAGACAUGCUAUGUUUUCAUGUUGAUCACUGACUUUAUUUAAUAUGAUAAACACAUUGUAUGUGGUCAUUGAGUAGUAGAAAUCAAGUUAGGGUCACAGUCCCUGAAAAUGUAUGCAGGCUGAUGGUGAGUUGCCAAUGGCAGUUUCUUCGAUGUUGGCUUAAGGAAGACGUUCAAGCUGUUGAUACUGUGAUACCGAAAAUGGCAUGCAUGGUCUUUUGAACAAGUACAACAGCGUGCAUACAUUUAGCACUGCUACUUUUGCUGGAUUCAGCACAUGCACAUUUUUGUAACUGUCGAACGGUUCAUUUCUGUAAAUGUGAGCGAGGCAGAAGAGUCUUUGUGGAGCACUGCAGCAUGAAAUUAUGCAGCUAACAAGACUUCGCCACUGUACGGUGCCAUAUGGGCAUUGUGUGCACGAGAGAAGUCUCGUCUGGUCACCUGUAGGGUUGCCACCUCAGCAGAGAAAAAAAAAAAAGACGGCAACGAGAAAGGAAUUGUAAAAUGUACUGUAUGCAAAAAUACAAAAACUUAAAACCAAAUAAAGUGUUGAUAUGCCGAGUCUAAACA